UACUGUCAAACCAUGAAUUCAGUCGAUUCAUUCUGCUAUACAACUACAACACGCUGUUUGUUAACGCUCCUCGCUUUAUCGCACACAACCACGUUGCCAACCGACAUUUAAAACCGAAACUAUUUGGCUGCCAGCUUUUUUUGUGGCAACAAAGGAUCUAGGAACAGUUUUCCAGCCGGAUUUUCUCUGCCUGCUGGAUAGACUACUGGUAGAGACAGGGAACGUCCAUGAUGCGUAUUUUCAACAAGAAAGCUACUGUGAAGAUUCAUUCCAACGGAAACACAACCCCAACAGAUAUGUCCACUGCUGCUGACGCCGCCGGAGCCGGCGUGAUCCACCACAAGAAAUUCCGUCCAUCCGGCGGCAUCGCUCCAGCCUCCACCGGCAUGGCAACCAAGAAACGCCGUGGCAAUCUCCCCAAGGAAGCCGUCAACAUCCUGAAGCUGUGGUUAUACGAACACCGCUACAAUGCCUACCCCAACGAUCAAGAGAAACUUCACCUGGCUAGAGUCGCCAACUUGACUCUUCUACAGGUGUGUAAUUGGUUCAUCAACGCCAGAAGAAGGAUCCUCCCUGACAUGAUCCGAAGAGAGGGGAGAGACCCGGACAAGUUUACCAUCAGCAGACGCUCACCUGGGAAGAUUAACGGGCAAUCAGACGAAGAGGGGGUGGAGGAUGGACAAGGAAGUCCAGAAGAAGCCAAAGCUCAUGCUCGUAUCAACUUAGAUGAAUCCAGUAGACUAUCUGACAGUGGUAAUGAAGCUGAUACAUCAUCAAUGAGUGCCAGUGGGUACGACUCACCCCCUUAUGAGUCUGAUGGGUACUCAGAGGGCGCCCCCUCGCCACGCCCAUCUCCGUAUAUUCACGAGCAUAACAAACGCACAGAAUUGACUCCCAAUGACCUCGUGUGCAUGGAGAGGGAUGUAUCCAGCCCAUCUCUGAGCGAUGCAGGAUCAACAAGCGCAGGUCGAGUUUGUAGCCCUGUAUUAGCACCACCAAGCCAAUACCAUUCAUCACCUCUCACAAUGCUACCCUCCUCGUCUCCCUUGAACUAUCAAAACGCAUACCAGUACAUCAGGGCACCAAUGGACCUCACCUUAUCUAGAGGGUCAAACUUUCCCUGUAUGCCACUGUCCCAUCAACACACCGAGUUAUACCGUCACCUAAGUCAGACACAAGAGGGCGCUAAACUUCCGGUUCAUAACAAUGCGCACGCAGCAUCGUCCCAGCUGCCUUCACAAACCCCACCGCCUUCUCCACCUAGGGACUCGUCGCCCCAGCUACGCCCCUCACCACCGCCUACUAAGAUGGAGACUGAUACAUUCAGUCGGUUUUACAUGCUUGUGGAUGCUGCCAUAUCGAGACGAGAGUGUGAGCAAGAGGUGCCGCAUUCAGGUCACUAUAAUCAAGCUCUUGUGUGCCUGUGAUAAGAACACCUGACACUGUGUAUAGAACCCCUUGCAUGUGAUCUCAUUCGCUCAAAAAGCACCCUCACUGGGGACUAAAAACGCCCUCACUGAGGUCAAAGGAGGCAAAUCAUGUGGUCGAUAGCUGUUCUUUGUGAGCUUGAACUCAUCUUUGUAGCGGUCUGCGUCUUGCAAGGGGGUCUAUUUGGGACCACCAAUAAAUGGAGAACAACCUAACUGUGACAUUAAUCACAUUGUGCUGGAUGCCAUUCUGACUCUGAACUAAAGCCACUACCGAAACCAAUGACUGUAUGGGCAAUGGACAUCUUUAGCUUGUCUCCCUUGUAUAUUCUUCCAUAAUAACAGAAUGCAUUACAAUUUUAAACUGACAAACGCAAGAAAAGAAACAAUUUACGUAAGUGGAACUGUGACUAUGAUGAAAAUGUGGUCUAAAUGAGGAUGAGGUCCAAAUGAGAAUGUGGUCCAAAUGAGAAUGCGGUCCAAAUGAGAAUGCGGUCUCCCUGAGAACCAAAUCAGUGCAGUUUUUGUUAUUGUCCAUAACCUCGCCCGGUUGCCCCACCAAAAACAAUUUUGUAAACAAACACAUCCAACCUUUCAGUGGUUAUCUAAACGUCAAGUGCCUUUCUGUCAACAUUAUUUUCGUUAUUGACCAAACAAUUUGUUAGCUGUGAUAUCAUAUUUGAAGUCACCAAUGUAAAUUAUUAUUUACCAACAUCUGCUCUUUGGGUUUUGAGCUUGCCCUAUCGGCCCCUCACCAGUUCAACUGUGAAGUGGUUAUAAAUACAUUUGGGUCAGCUUUCAAUAUUGAUUUAUAAUUGCUGAUCAAAAACAACCCAGGUGACAAGCAAAGUAUUGAAAGAUGUCUCUUCCCCCUUGUGAUGCAAUGAACCGCAUUCCAUUGACUUUAAAAUCAUCAAAAAUUGAUUGUUUCAAUCAAUUAUGCAAUACUUUUUCCAAACUGACAAGCUGCCUCUAAUAAUUUGUAUCUAAAUUUCAUACUUUUGCAGGAAAACGAAAGUGACUUUGUUGUAAUUCUUGUUGAAACAAUUACUAUGUAAUUCUUUUUCUUGUCUUAAAUUUUGUACAAUAAGGAAUCCAAUUUGAAUGUUUUUUUUUUAUUGAUGAAGUUGCUUAUUUUGCGCAAAGUCGAUUUAUAUCUAUUUCUUCCUUUUUGACACUUUCCUUUUUGUCUGGUUUUGUGAUUUAGAAUAUGUUUUUAGAUCUAGAAGAAUGAUCUUUGUGAAAUAUAUCUGAGUUUGUAGACUGUUAUUUUUUACCGUCUCUCUGUUUGAAAACAAUACUGGAUUUAGAAAAAUAAAACUACUAGUAUGUAUAUUACA